AUGUCCAAAAAAAACAGAGACACUACAGGAAUGGAUAAAUUCUGUGGAUAUAACGUAGGACGAGUUGAUGCAGCAAGUAAAACAAAGACGAGAGAGCAGUUCAUACCCACUGACUUUAUUUAUCCAAAUUUAUUCUCUCAACAGUUUAAGGAACAAUCUCUUGUCGAUGACCUUGGAUUGAACCUAAAUACCACUUCGUCGUUAUGCCGUAUACAUCAAAACUUCCAAUUGGUCAGUAUUAUACGAGCUGAGGCACAACGUUUACUGGAGGAAUCUUCAGAAGGAGAAAAAGUUAUGAAAGUGAAAGAGGAUAUUGAUAAAGCUUGGAUAAAUUUAGUUCAUCGGAACGAGUGGAGAAGCUCUUAUCUUCAGCAAACACAGGAAGUAUUCAAAGCAACGGUGGCACUACAGGAUGGUAUACUCACUUGUAUUGAUCAUCGCAACUUAUUCAGUCAGAGUAAAAUUAUGUUCAUCGCAGGAUUCUUGUUGGCAUUUCCUUUCAAUGGUAAUGAUAAUUUUACAUUUUAUAAACGUGCAUAA